CCCCCUGACUCGGCCCACAGAGUCUCGUGCUGUCUCCUCGCCGCGUGAGGGCCCCUGAGAGUGGCAGCGGACCGCACCACCAUGUCGGGUGAGGCGAGCGCGCCGGGACCUUCACUCAGGGUCCCGCGUCUCGGGGCGCAGAAGUCCUCUGGCACAAUGAGCAAGAAGGGGGAUCGCGGGGCCAAGGAGAAGCCGGUGACCAUCCUGCCCCCGGUGGGCGAGGAGGAGCCCAAAAAUCCUGAGGAGUACCAGUGCACCGGCGCCCUGGAGGCCGACUUCGCCGAGCUCUGCGCGCGCUCUGGCUACACGGACUUCCCCAGAGUGGUCCCCCGGCCCCGCCCGCACCCGAGCUUCUUCCCCUCCGCCUCGCUGUCGGAAAAGCCCACCCCAGAGGACCAGCGCUUGUCGGCGUCCUGCAGCAUCAACAGCCUGGAGAGCAAAUACGUGUUCUUCCGGCCCACCAUCCAGGUGGAGCAGGACGUGGACGACAAGUCGGUGAAGGAAAUCUACAUUCGCGGCUGGAAACUGGAGCAGCGGAUCCUGGGCAUCUUCUCGAAAUGCCUGCCCGCCCUCAGCCAGCUGCAGGCCAUCUACCUGUGGAAGGUGGGGCUGACGGAUAAGACCCUGGCCACCUUCAUUGCCCUGCUGCCUCUCUGUUCGUCCACGCUCAGGAAGGUAUCUCUGGAGGGGAACCCUCUGCCGGAGCAGUCAUACCACAAGCUCAUGGCACAGGACAGCACGAUCGUGCACUUGUCCCUGCGAAACAACGACAUCGAUGACCACGGCGCACAGCUCCUAGGCCAGGCUCUGUCCACGCUGCGGAGCUGCAACCGGACCCUUGUCUCGCUCAACCUGGGCUUCAAUCACAUCGGGGACGAGGGCGCCGGCUACAUAGCAGACGGUCUCCGGUUGAACCGCUCCCUGCUCUGGCUGUCCCUGGCCCACAACCGCAUCCGCGACACGGGCGCCUUGAAGCUGGCUGAGGUCCUGCGCCCCUUCGAGCUGACGCACACCGAGGUAGUGGAGCGCAGGCGCCUCCUGCUGGAGAAAGGGACGCAGGAGCGGUCGCGAUCGCCUUCCUCCUCUCGACACGGAGACUCCAAAACAGACCGUGACAAAAUUCAACUGAUGGGGAUUAGCACUGUCACAGCAGUGGAAAAGACAGACAAGACACAGUCAGUGAAGACUCCUAAGGGCCUGGGCAAGAAAAAGGAGAAGGCUGGGGAUGUGAUGAAGAGAGAGGAGAAGUCAGGGUCUGGGCAGUCACCCACACAGGGAGCCCCUAAGAAAGAAGACUCCUCAAAGACAAGCAGGGGGAAGGUCACCAUCCCCGAGCAGAAACCAAGUAAGGGCAAAGGGCCCAAGACCGGGACCAGAGAGAAGCGCAGCAUCCUCACGGAGUCGGAGCAGCUGCAAAGAAGUCUGGACAAGAGCCAGCCCUCAAAACAUGUGGUUGCUGAAGCUACCGAGAUGGUCAACCCUCUCCUGGAGCCUGUGGAGCACCGAGAUGGGAAAGUGUUCAUGCCUGGGAACAAGGUCCUUCUGCAUCUCAACCUCCUCCGAAACCACAUCACAGAGGUGGGGCUGGAAGGUUUCCUCACAGCGGUACAGUACCAGGCACAGUUCGCCAAGGUCAAGAGCCCGUCCAAGGGCCCCGUGGGGCUGCUGUGUCUGUCCCUGGAGAAAAAUAGCUUCUCCCUGCAGUGUCCCGUGUACACCAAGAUCCAGGAGCUGAUGCUGCCCAGGGACCCCAUCAGUAAGGCCAAGCCCAGGGAAGAGGAAGUUACGACUUUCUCCACCUAGCUCCUCCCACCUCUUCUCAGAGACUUUGGGCCACAGAAGUCUGUCCUGCCCAUGAGGGCCAACCUCCCUGGGGGAGAUCUCAGAUCCUUAACAAAGGCUGUAUCUUUUCCCUUGAGGUUGUCUGAAAACUUUCUUUCAGAAUGACUCGGACCAUUUGGAUUCUGAGUCUGCUCAUGAUACAUCUCCCAAAACGACUGGAUGAGGUUCUGUUGGGGGUGACCUGGGUCCCUCUGGUGUUGGCCAGCCAGGGAUACUGCUCCCCUGCAUCCUAAGGUCUGGUUCUUGCUCGCUCAGGCUAGAAGCACUCUCCCUGUGCUCCCUAGGGGACACUAGCUAGGCCAGGGUUUGCACCCAGCCUUGCGUCUCAGAGGCAAAAGGGAGACUUGGGGUGAGUAACUGCUAUGUACAAGCCAAGUGGGAGAGGGAGUCAGGGUGGGCCUGGUGGAGGGAUUGAACUUGGGCUUCCCCAUUCCAGAACCAUCCUCCCUUCCUUCCCCCUCCCCCUGCCCCAUUUCUGUCUGGCCCUGUUGAUUGGUUUGGAGGAGAGGCAAGGGCUCAGCUUAAGAAAAUGCAGUUGGCAGGUUACUCUGGAGUGUGCGCUGAUUCAGCAUGUAGGUAGCAAAGGCCAAGCACUGAACAUGAACGCCACUGACACUGCCUGAAACCAGGGGCACUCAGUGUGGGGCCAGAGGAUUGGGAGAGCUGGGGGCCCCACCCCUUUGCCCAUGAGCCAGACCUCCAUUAACUUAACUGACAGUGGCCAGCGAGCACAGGUCUGGCUUCAGCAAAGCUGCCACCCACUCUGCAGGGAGCUUCCAGGGGAAGCUUUCCUCAUCUCUGGGCAGGUGAGACCUGAUUCGUGUCCCUGAAAUCUGUUGGCUCAACAGAGACCCGCUAUCUAUGCCCAGAACUCCUCUGAGAGGCUCAGUUCCCUCACGGGCCCCUCUUGGCCUCUGCAUGGCUGCUGCUCAGCAUUUCCUCUGCUGGCAGCAGAAACACUGCAGAGAAAGAGACUCACUCUUUGCACUCCCAGUCAUGAGCAUGUGACAGAUGCUUGGCGGUGACCAGUGACCCCACCUGAAUCCUUCUAAAGCUCCCAUGAACCCCUACAGGCCUGUCUGAUAUGAUCCUUUAUCACCAAAAACCUGUGUGUUAAUUCUGAAGCCAGAUGACACUGGAGGCUCGGGGAGUCAGCACCCAGCAUUACGCACACUUAAGGAGUGGACUGUUAAGGCUGUGCCUGCCUAUGGCUUGCAGCAGGUAUCAACCUGACGAAGGACGUGCGGGCUGAGGACAGUGAGGAGCGGGCCAGGUCUGGCGGAUGAGCCUCCCCUGUUUUUGCCUUUAAAGUUCUGAAGCUCAAUGGAGGCAGCUCAUGAGGUCUCUGGAGUCUGGUGCAUCUAUAGACAGAUGUGUGUGAGUGCGUUUGGCGUCCUUUUGUAUUUUGGCCGUGGGGUUGUUUAACUUAGUUUGCUUACGUGCAACCCAGUGGGCUCCACCUGGAGCUGUGGGAGAAAGACAAGACGACUAGGUCCUGGGGGCCUGAUGCUGGGCUGUGGGGGCUUCCUUCUGUUCCCUCCCGCCAGUUCUAGCCAGCCUGUCUUCUAUCACAGCAGUUCCAAGAAUCACACACACACCACCACAAUUAAAGAAUAUUUAACUUUUCUUAAAAAAAAAAAAUCUUAACCAUGAAAGGAAGAAAAUAAGAGUAUACAUUAUUUUA